AUGGGAUAUAAGUGGAAAGGAAAAGGAAAAGGCAGGGGGAGCCAAGGCCCACUAGCCACAGUUUCGGCCCCUGCCGGCACCAACCAAUUGCAGUCCCAGCCACAGGCAGGGGUUCCUCAGCCUCAGAAUGGAAGCCGAACUAAACGCGUUGGUUCGCGCGAGCUUGGAGCAAUUCUUGAACCAUUCCUAGACCAUCCUGCUCCAAUAAUCGACGAGGGUUCAAGCCUCAAGAUCGGUCAAUCUGCCGCAGUUAGACGUCUCUCCACAUCCUUCCCAAAUCCACGAAACCCACGAAACCCAAGAAAUCCACAAAACUCACCUUCGACAACCCCUCGAGCAAAUAGAGCAUCGCACCGGGAUUUCGUACGCCAGAAAGAGCUUCCCUCCAAAACUUCCCGCAAGCUCUUCAACAACAUGGCGAGCCAGCAGGGUAAGUGGCGCGAGGACCAAAUCCUCGUAGUCUGUCCCGGCAGUCAGACUACUAUGGCCCAGCUCGGUUGCAACGAGCUCACUCCGCCUGCUCACCGCAUACCUACGCGAAUGUUUAAGGAUCCCGAGUCCGACGAAUAUACCCCCUACCGCAUUUACAAGCGCAAGAAGACCGUCGCAUCAGGGAGCGCAGAAGGUGGUGAUAAGGCUGAGAAGACCGAGAAGGCUGACGAUCAGUGGGAAUAUGUCGAGGAUCGCGAUAGCGUCGAGGGCGCAAUCUACCCUUUACAGGGUGGCCGAAUUGUGAACAUGCCCGCCUUCUUAGCAUUUCUCGAUCACGUUCACAGUCUCCUUACUACCACAUACCACAACAUCCCCAUCGUGUUGAUGGCAUCACCGCGGUGGACACGGCCAGACUGCGAAGCUAUCGCGCGCUACGUAUUCGAGAAGACUAAGACUCCUGCUCUAUGUUUACUGCACAGCGCCGUUGCGGCGCAAUACGGUUUGAAGUGGCCGACUAUGACUGUUGUAGACAUUGGCUACGAGAAAGUCGAUGUCACCUGCAUUCACGAGUACCUCAUUGUCAGUGAGAAGGGCCUGGGCUAUCCUAACCCAGAACGAGAGAUAUCAGGCGGAGAGGUUUUCACGCAGAAAUUGUUGGCGCUUCUGAAGGACAAGGGGUUUAACUACGAAAUGGCCGAGCAACUCAAGAAGAGCUCUCUUUGCGAGGUCCUUCCUUACGCCCCCGAUUCCGAUAACCUUAUGGAACUCCCUACGGAUGACCUUCCCCCGACUGCAGCCCAAGCUCCCAAUAAUGCACCAGUAAGCACGGAUCCCGCAAAGCCCGUAGAGCCUCCGAAACCUGCUACUGCAUUUGGAGGGGAGACCGAGGACGGAAUCGCGGAUGGCAAAGAGAACGACGAAGGAGUACUGGACGUAGCCAAUAUUGUUACUAGUGGUAACACGCGAGAAUUCCUUGCUAAAAAGGAGAAGGAGAAGGCUGAAAAGGUCAAGUCGAAGAAGCAGGGCAAAGCCCAAGAAGCUGAGCCUGCCGCGGCGAAGCCAGUUCGUUUACCCAACUCCAAGCGAAAGACCAAUGUGUUCCAUUAUGAGGAAUUGGUGCAUGAGGAUGUAGAAGUUUCCGCCUCGAACGGUGCCCCUAAAGCAGAGACCACGGAGACUACAGAAACCACAGAAGCCGCAUCUGCCGCAAAUGGUGAUGCACCCGCGGCCGACGUGUCUAUGGUUGAUGCUACGCCUAGCAGCCAAGAUCCAAAACCUGAGAUAAAACCCGAGGCGAAGCCAGAGGGUACCGGUGACGCUAAUAGCGACGCGACAGAGUCUACUUCUAACAACGCUAAGAACACGGAGCGAAGAACAAAACGAGUGCGACGAGAUAUUGAGAUUGGUCUAGAGCGAUUCCUCUUUGCGGAUCGUCACGAAAUCAACCGAAUCACCGAUACCAUUUAUCGCGCGAUCCAGAGCAUCGACGAGCCUUACAAGCGACCAGGCUGCUGGGACAACCUUGUUUUCGUAGGCAACGGCAGUCGCCUACGAGGCCUCAAGGAGAACAUCAUACAGACGCUUACUGCCCGCCACUUAAUCUCUCCCAGCACCGCCACCAUCUUCACGUCCGAGCUGCCCUCCAACAUGGCAACGCCGAGCGGAACGGGCUCCCAGACACCUACGGGCUCGUUCACGGGCCAACUUCCGACCACGAGCUCGGUGAACCCUCUCCUGCAAGCGGCCACGACGGCUUCGCUGGGCGUGCCCGGCACCGUGCAGGCCCCCGGCUCGACGGCGGGCGACGUCGGCCACGGCCACCACUCCCACGCCCAGACGCCCACGAGCAUCAAGGCGGCCCCGCUGCCCACCUACCUCGCCGAGUGGACCAAGAACGGCUUCGAGGAGGCCAUGUUCCUCGGCUCCCUCAUCGCCGCCCGCCUCGCGUUCUGCAUCCACAACAUGGAUGCUCAGACCUUGGAGGCGCAGCGCACCAUGAGUCUUAAUCGUGUUGAUUACAACGAGCACGGCCCCAAGCUCAUCCACGUGCACUCGAUGCUCGGUAACGAUUCUUCGUAAAAAAUAAAAUAAAAUACGCCUGCGUUCGUACCUACUAACUCGUAUUCGUCGGAAGGAUAAAGGCUUAGGUGGUACCUAAGGAAAAGAAGAAACGUUAUGUCACCCCAUCUAAUCAUAGAGCAUCAUUCCAA